AGGCUCGGCACCGGCACCGACACCGGCACCAUGAUCAACCCCAACUACUACCCGUGGGGCUACGACGGCGACAACGGACCAGAUCAGUGGCACAAGAAUUACCCGAUUGCCAAAGGACGCCAUCAGUCACCUAUUGAGAUCAAUAACAAAGACGUGCAUUACGACCGCUCCCUACUGCCCUGGUUUGCCAGUUAUGAUCCUGGUGCAGCCAAGACCAUCCUCAAUAAUGGGAAAACCUGCAGAGUGGUAUUUGACGAUUCAUUUGAUAGAUCAGUGCUGAGGGGUGGGCCGCUGCCGGGAGUCUACCGCCUGCGCCAGCUGCACUUCCACUGGGGCUCCUCCGACGACCACGGCUCCGAGCACGUGGUGAAUGGAGUCAGAUACGCAGGAGAGCUACACUUGUUACACUGGAAUCCCAAAUACAGUAAUUACCUUGAUGCUGUGAGAAGAACUGAUGGAAUAGCUGUUUUGGCCAUAUUUUUGCAAGUAGGGAAAACUCCCAAACCAGAGAUGAAGAGAAUUCUUGAAGAAAUAAAUGCUAUCAAAACAAAGGGGAAGGAAGCUCCUUUUCAGAACUUCGAUCCUUCAGUUCUUUUCCCUGAAUCUCAUGACUACUGGACAUACCACGGGUCCUUCACUACUCCGCCUUGCGAAGAGUGCAUCACAUGGAUUAUUCUUAGAGAGCCUAUCAUAGUCAGCUCAGACCAGAUGGCGAAGCUCCGCAGCCUCUCCAAGAAUGCUGAGAAUGAGCCUGACCUCCCCCUGGUUGAUAACUGGCGCCCAACUCAGCCUCGGUAUUUCAGGAUGGUGAGCGCAUCGUUCCUUUAG